AUGAAUGGAAAAGACACUUUAUGGAAUUACUGGGAGGUUGUGCGCAACGACGGAAGAAAUGUGGAGAGAACAGAAGAUGAAAUAAGAAGACAGAUUGAAAGAUUGAAAAGAGGAAAGGCACCAGGAGGCGAUGGAAUCCAGAACGAAGCGUGGAUGUUCGGGACAACAGGAGUGAAAGAAAGGAUAUGGGAAGUGGUAGAUGGAGUUUGGAAGUGGGAAGGAUUUCCUUCGCAAUGGAGAGAAGGUAUAAUAAUGCCAUUAUUUAAAAAGGGGCAAAAAAGUGAUGCGAAGAACUACCGUGGGAUCACCUUGCCCAAUACGACGUACAAGAUAUACGCAAUGAUACUAGAUGAGAGAUUACGAAAGGAGAUGGAAGCAAGGGCUCGCUUCCAUCGAUCAGGAAAUAUUGACUUCGAAAUGGCCAUGUUAAUGAUGAACGUCAACGGUUUUGCCUCGUGCACCAAGAAGCUAGGAAUUUGA